CCAGACUAAACAAUUCUAUUUCCUUCAGCUGCUCCACACGCUUUGUUUUCUAGAGCCUUUACCAGCUUCAUUGCUCUUCUCUGAACAUAUUCCAGCAACUCAAUGCCUUUCUUGUAGUAAGAAGUCCAAAAAUGAGCACAGUAUUAGAGAUGUUACAUGUGAGAUUCUGUGGAUCCCCCCUGCCUCAGUUACUAUGACACAGAAGUAAUGCAGUACAUCUUUUUCUAUUUUCCCCCAUCAAUAACAGAAUAGCAGCACAAGCCAUUCAGAGUUUACACUAAAUCAUCUUUAGUGAGAUUCUCAAUUUUCAGUAUUUGUCAUUUCUGUAUGAGUAUAUGUGCUCUAUAUUGCUGCUUGUCUAAAAUAUUUCAGUGUGUUUCAGCUUCCUUCAACUUUCCUCAUAACCAUAAACAUGACAAGCUCCAUGUAGGGACUGUGGAAUUUUUCCAUCUGGUUCUUGACUUACAGUAGAAUCAUAGAAUCUUUAAGAUUGGAAAAGACUACUAAAAUAAGUCCAAUGAUCAAUCAUCUAGUCCAAGUAUCAACUUGAGGUAUCAGUAACAAUAUAUGCAAAGGUUACAGAAUCAAAUCAAAUCUUUCAAGACAAUGACACAGAAUCAGUUCCCUAGCUUACUUUGUGAAGAGCUGAUCAAAGGGUGGAACAGCAUUUCAGCCCCACGAAAUGAACACGGGCAGAGGUGCAGAUGAAGAGUGAUGGGGAGAUCUGCCAUCCAGUGGUUUCUUUCUUACUCCCAAACAGUUGCCAUGGUUCUGCUGCAUGCUACGUGGUUACCUGGGUCUGUGUUUGAGUGGGAAUAAAGCCAGGAAACUCACUCACUCUGCACACCCACAUUUUCAGCAGUGGCAGCUCUGUUAUAUGGUAGUGCUGCUGGGUCUUUGCCUACAAUAACUUCACAAAUCCAAAAGCUCAGAUUCCUCCUUCUGCGCUUGUCAUCAUUCCAGAAACUGGAGUUGUUUUCAGGUAAGGCUCCUCCUACUUCCAGUCAGCAUCCAACUUUUGAACUCAAUUAUGUGUUAUUUCCUUUUUCAAAUGGUAGCUGAAACAGAAACCCUGCUGCAUUUGGGUGGAGGCUGCUGGACACUGCCCUUCUCCCAUAAAAGCCCUGCCAUGAAGGAAGUGCUGAGGCAGCUGUGCCCACAACUAUAACAUACACACAGCUCAAGCAAAUGCCCAGAGACGGUGGGGAGCCAUCCUGCAGCAAACAUGUCAGGCUGUUCUAAUUUCUAUGGGAACAUAGCAAAUGUUGAAACAACUGGUGCAUCAGAGAGAACUGCGAAGCCGGAAGGUCUGGACUAUGCAGGAGUUGCUGCUUCAGAGAAGAUUGCUGAAAGAGAUUUGAAGAAUAUGGACAAAUAUAAAGAAACUAUUAUAAAAGUGGCCAACAACAAGUGCAUUUCACCAUCUGUGGUUGCUGCUGUUAUCUCUCGAGAAUCACAUGCUGGGACAGCACUGAAGGAUGGCUGGGGUGACCAUGGAAAUGCAUUUGGUUUAAUGCAGGUUGACAAACGGUACCAUCAGAUUCAUGGGGCAUGGAACAGUGAAGAGCAUAUAAAACAAGGCACAGACAUUUUGUGUCAGUCAAUAAAUGAUAUUCAGAAAAAAUUCCCAACAUGGAGUAAGGAACAGCAGCUCAAAGGUGGGAUUUCAGCCUAUAACGCAGGAACAAGAAAUGUCCAGACCUAUGAAGGAAUGGAUGUUGGCACAACACACGACGACUAUGCAAACGAUGUGGUUGCAAGAGCCAAGUUCUUUCAGAGACACGGAUACUGAGAAAGAUAUUUGAGUAAUUAUACAAUACCUUAUGGUAAAUGCUUUUACAUUACCAAAAUUGCAAAUUGUUAGUCAGUAGGUGAUUUUGUUGCCUAUUUUGUACUGCUGUUAGACACGCAUACUGAUCAAUAAAAUCCAAAGCUGCUCCUGUUAAACAGCAUUAUGACUCCUUCCUGCAGCAUUAAUUUGCUACCUGAGAAAUUACAAGAGAUGAAGACUGCUUGAAUCUUUUCUGAAGUGAAAAAAAAAAACCAAUGGCAAAAGAUAGGUUACAGUUUGGAUCAUUAGCUACCUUUUAUUCUUUUUCACCUUAGCAGAGCCAAUCAUUGCAGGCAAACACCAGUUCUUGCAAUAUACUGUAUACUUACAUGUAUACAAAAGUACUGUAUACUUUUAGUCUGCUACAAGAGUGUAUCUCAGUGUGUCACUCCCCCUUAGAUUUAUUGCUCUAUUAUCAAACACAUACUAAAGCAUUUGGAGAACCUUAGCUUCAGAGCUGUUGGUUUGAAUCAGCUAUUUCAAGACAAAGGGGAGAAAAGAAAGAAGUUUAGAGCAGCUAAAAGAAAAGCAGCAAGUGUAUCACUAGGAGCUACAAAAGAUAAUGAAUACUGUGGGGGUUUUUCAACCAUGCAUUUUUAUAGUUCUAUUACAGGCUUUUUAUAUUUGUCAUUUAAAAUAUCCUCAGCAAAAGAAUUUUUAAAAAUCUUCUUAAAAUAGUGCAUUUCUACAUAUGUAUGUUUCUGUAUUGGUACCAGACACUGCACCAAAGAUAUGUUUGAUUCAUUUGAAUAUAUUUCAAGUUCUAUGGCAAGCAGACAUAGCAAAUCAAUCCUGUCCAACAAGCAAGCCUAACACAAGCUAGCAAUGUGCCCAAGUAGCCAAGGAGGCUCAAGACACCCUGGACUGUAUGAACAAAAGCGCAGCUCUGCUGAAGGAAGAGAUUACUUGCAUCUGCUGAGCACUUUCCAGUUCACUUCUAGAACAGAGCCAUUUUGGGCAAAGGGAAGACAAAUUAAGUAGAGUGAGGUUGGCAGCAGAGAGCCCCCAGGGCGCAUGGGGCUGGAGGACUUGUCUCAUGAGGCAGGACAGCUUUGGGAGGGAAUGCCUCGUAUCUGGGAGGGAUAAUGGAGGGGAUGGAGCCAAGCUUCUCACAGUGGUGGAAGGUGGGAGGAUAAAUGACAACAGGCAUGAGCUGAAAGAGAGGCUCACACAGGGUAAGACUGUAUUCUGCAUCUACAUCUUUCCCCCCAUGAGCAUAGCUGAGCUGUAGAGCAGGACACUGGACCAAAGACCUGCAAGGUACCUUCCAACCUGAAUUUUUCUCCCAUCUUAAGUCAGCUUCUUUGUUCCCUAUUCAAAAAGCCUGUAUCUCUUACCUGUGCUUCAGGAGGAUUUACAUGGGGACUAUGUUAAUACACAGUAGGUUUUUGCACUUUGUUCGGCUCAGGUUUUACACCUGAGGAUAAACCUUUAGAGAACUUAUGUUUACACACAGAAAACCUGGGAAAUUCUCACUGCAAGCUGUUGUGACCUUAAAGCAGAUAGUAUUUCAGAAACAACCAAACUGACACAUACGUUAAAGAUCUUAAGAAAAUGUAAUUUCUUUUCUUAUGAAAACUGACAGUCUGUCAAUGGCAUACAUUUCUUGUAGCUAAACCUUACCCAUAAAGAACAGGAACUGUCCAAAAUGUUUUCCAUUCUCUGCACUUGGGAAGCAGGGACUAGCUCUGCUCUAUCACAGGCAGUUUAUCAAAUACAUAAGCUGUGCACAGUACUAAGCAAGCCUGGUCAUUAAUACAUCUUUUUCAGUUUACAUUUCAGUACUUUUGAAGGUUGCAGUGUCUGUACAGUGAAUUGAGAGAUCUGUAUAGUAACGGAGAGAGAUCCUGUGUUUGUAUAUGUUGUGUAAAACAAAACUGGCAGUGCACCCUCUGUUGGAGAUUCACCAGGCUGUACUGCUGCAGACAUCCCAAACACACUUGCUAAGACUUUAGAAUCCCUGGCUUUGUCAGUUUAGGCUAUCAUUCCUAGAGCAGGCCUUGUAUCUGCUGUCCCUCAGCAACAAGGCGGAUGAACAACAUGUCCUUCAUAAGGGCUGAAAUUUCAGCUUUACCAAGCACCUCUCUGUGGGAAUGCAGAAACCACCAUACAGACUGCAGUUACACUACAGCACAAGAUGUUGUGCAGACACUGAAAUGAAGGACAGAGAACAAAAAAAAAAACAACACACAAUUUAUCUAUCUCAUUUUUUCCCUUGCUACUCUACAUCCUUCAGUCUUUUCUGUGUCCUGAUUGCAGCCUGUAGUUUGUUGAGAAACUGAGGUUUUUCAACUCAACCCAUGUCUGUCUUUGGCCUGUCUUCAGGAGCCAUCUCACCCUUCAAUGUACUACUAUAUCCUAUCCUUUGCCUCUUUUCUGCACACAGUAUAUCUAGCUGUUAUGUCCUUCUACUGAUAAUGUAUACUCCUUAGAACUUCUACAGGCUUUUACUCUUCCUUGCGAGCAUGCAGAAAGGAUAAACAUUCAUUUUCAGCCACUGUAUCCCUCUGAUCUUUCCACAACAUACAGUAAUUAAGAUUAGCUCCUCUACAAUGUCUCUAGUGUGGGAGAGGCUCACAGCACAAUAAACGAUGGAAUUUAUGCUUGCUGGAAUGAAAACUACUUUAUCACUUGAUAUAGCAGCAGCUUCCUAAUUUUAGCCACAAUUCUUAAAUAGUAAAUAAAAGCUGUCUUUAAAUCAUUGCACACAGUACUAUUUAAGACACUCCAGUGAAAGGUCUUAUUUUAUAUGCUUGGAGCUCUUAACUGCUAACUUGUAUCAAACAAAUACGCUUCAGGGUUUCCAGAUUUCUGUUAGCAUGUGAAAAGCAUUAACCUUCAUAAAGACUACAAAAAAAAAAAAGUGAAAAAAGUGAAAUCAAAAGAAAGCUGGCCAUUAGGGUGAGGAGGUGACUGUUCCCCUCUGCUCUCCAAUCAUGAGCCCCUCCUUCUACCCCCAGUCUGGGGCCUCUAGCACAAGAAGGAUGCGGAAGUGUUAGAGCAGGUCCAGAGGAAAGACACAAAGAUGAUUGUAGGGCUGGAGCACAUCUCCUAUGAAGAAAGGUUGAGGAAGUCGGGCUUGUUUAGCUUGGAGAAGAAAAAGCUCUGGAGCGUCAUCAUUGUGGCCUUCCAAUACUUAAAAGGCGAGAGACUUACUUUUUACAUGGUCUAAUAGUGAUAGGAGAAGGGGGAAUGGUUUUAAACUAAAAGAGGGGAGGUUUAAGUGGAUGUUAGGAAGUAAUUUCUUACUCAGACUGAUUAGGUCCUGGCACAGCUGCUCAGAGAAGCUGUGGUGCCCCAUCCCUAGAGGGGCUCAAGGUCAGGUUGGAUGGGAUCCUGGGCAGCCUGAACUGGUGGGGGGCAGCCCUGCCCAUGGUAGAGGUGGGGCUAGGUAGGCUGUGAGAUCCCUUCCAGCCCAAGCCAUUCUGUGAUUCUACAAUUCUAUUUUAAGAUACGGGACAGGCCAGAUGAAACUGCCUGCUAAGAAACAAACAUGAGAUUUGAAUAACAGAGGUAAGCCACUCAAAUGCCUGCAUCAAUAAAUUGAGCUCUGAACGGACAGUCAGUCAGCGCUCAGGUAACCCAUGAUCAAAAAAGCUUUUCAAUUCCUGUUCUUUUUUUAGUGUAGGAAAGGUGAAGUCAUGCACCCUCAUUGCAAACCUUUGCUGUUAGCUGCCAAAUACACUAUCAUUAGUUAGAUCUGUUCUAUGUACAUACCAGCUUCCAUUUCACACACAAGCUCUUAACUCAGGACUUAAAUUAUUU